GAAUAUAUCAUCACAUUGCGCCCAAGAAUGUCCGGUAUACCAUGGGAAAGCGAGGAAAGACAAAACUACAUUCGAGCAGACUACAUUGUCAGUGAUUUUGUGAGGAAGGAAUUAAGGAAUUUCUUUAUUCAGGAAUGGAACAAACGUUACCAGGCUUCUCGUGGAGCAUGGGAUGACACAAACGUAAGCGGUAGUCAGUUGUUUAAUCUCGAGAAAUCAGGAGCAAGAGGAAUUAAACCAAUGCUUCAGUCCAAAUUUAAGCAUGGAGAUACAAAUUAUUGGGAUUGUACUGCACUCUUUGGUGCAAUUCUUUUUUCCAAAUCGAUUGGUGUAAGCCUUAAUCCAACGCAAAAAACUGAAAUCGAUAAUCUGAGAAAACUACGAAAUGAAAUAACUCAUAAACCUGAAAAAACGCUGGAUGAUGCCGACUUUCAAAACAAGACAACAGACGUUAUAAAUGCAUUGAAUGCAUUAGGACUGUCAAGCAACGAAGUCGUUCGAAUUAAAAACCUCUAUAAAUCCUUCCAAAUUCUACCUCCCAAGCCAUCUCAUGAAGUCGUGUCUCGUUCUGACAAGAUACACGAGAUAAGAGAGGAUCUUGAAAAGUUGCGCAGCGAUAACGACGGCAAACUUACAUAUUUUUACAUCUCUGGGAAUCCCGGAAGUGGAAAAUCUCAACUCGCCAGAAAAGUUUGUGAAGAUAUUUGCGAAGAUGCUCAUGUGAAGGACGAAGCAAUGUUUGUAAUGACAUUGAACGGAAAAGAUUUAGAUUCUCUUUUAUAUUCAUAUGAAGAUUUUUGUCGUAAGCUAAAUUGCAACGAAAGCGUAUUACAAAAUCUUUCGAGCUCUUCUAAAGCAAAAGAUGAGAAAAUUAAAGAUUUAAGAUUACAAAUAUCCAACAGAAUUAAGAAUUGGAAGCAGUGGUGGAUUAUCGUCGACAACGUUGAAAAUCUCGAGUUCAUUGCCCCACUACUGCCUCUGAUGGGCGGCGAUGUUUGGAAUAACGGCCAAAUCAUAGUGACGACACAAAACACAAAUGCAGUUCCUUCCGACAGCCUGUCAAGUAAACAUAUUUCACUUUGUCUCGGUAUGACUGACCAAGAGUGUCGCGAGCUUCUUGCCCUGUUAUCAAGAACAGACGUCAAUGAUCCAUUACUAUAUGAGGUGGCAGAGAAGUUAGAUCGUCAACCGUUGGCAUUAGCCGCUGCAGCCGUGUAUAUGAGACAAGUCAACGAGAUUCCUUCAGAUUUUUCAUGGCCAGAUUAUUUAGAAAAGCUUAAAAGAGGGAAAAGAGAAUUCACCGAAAAACGUCUGAAGCAGACAAAUUCAGCAGCAUAUUCUUCCACCAUGAGUGCAGCUGUGCUUUUAGCUGUUACAAAAUGUCAGGAAGAAAACACAAUUCUUGAACACGCAUUCAACCUUUUCUCUUUGAUAUCUUUUGAACCACUACCACUUGAUCUUGUUGUGAAAUACGUUCAGCAGGAAGAAGAAGAGUUGGAUGCCGAGGAUAUCAUUCUUCCAAUAAAACACUGCUCAUUGUUUGUUCAUGUGGGAAAUAAGGAGGGAGACAUCCGUCUUCAUCGUGUUGUCCAUGAUGUGAUCAAAUUGCUCUGUCUUUCGAAAAAAACUGACAUUGGCAAUUCAUCAAAAGAUGAAAUAUCAAAUGAAGCGCAAAAUAUAAGAAAAGUAAUUCACGACGUUACAAGAACAUUGUAUUCUUUCAAAGAUAGGAAAGAUAAGAUUAAAAUAAUUUCACAUUUAAAAUCAUUAUUCACAGAAAUUAACAAAUUGUUUCCAAAUGAAGGGCUAUCCUCAAUGAGCUCAGCAUUUGAUGAAACUGAAAUCCGGAAAAUAUUUUCUUUUUUUGGAGAAAUUCUACACGACUUUUUCGAGUUUGACUUCUCGUUGAAAAUUUUCCAGCAGAAACUGAAAAUUGCAUUACAGCAAUUAGGACCAAAGAAUAUUGACGUUGCCUUUUGCUACACCAGUCUGGGUAAUGUGUAUCGUGAUAAAGGUGAUCUGGACCAAGCUUAUGAUUAUUGUCAGCAGGGUCUGAAAAUUAUAUUAGAACAAUCAGGAGAGAAAAUUUUUGACGUUGCUAGUUCGUACAUCGCCUUUGGUAAUGUGUGUAAAGUUAAAGGUAAUUUUGAGCAAGCUAAAGAUUAUUAUCAACGAGCACUGAAUAUUCUGUUGGAACAAUUGGGGCCAAACCAUGUUGAUGUUGCUACUACAUACCAAAAUCUGGGUGUUGUGUGUAGUGAUAAAGGUGAUUUGGAGCAAGCUAAAGAUUAUUAUCAACAAGUGGAGAAAAUUCUAUUAGAAAAAUUAGAGCCAAAUGAUAGAAAAUUUGCUAACUUAUACACCAACCAGGCUAGUGUAUAUCUUAAGGAAGGUGAUUUGGAGCAAGCUAAUAAUUAUUUUCAAGCUGCCCUGAAAAUUCUAUUAGAACUAUUAGGGCCAAAUCAUAUUGAUGUUGCUACCUUACACAUGAACUUGGGUGUUGUGUGUAAAGUUAAAGGUGAUUUGAAGCAAGCUAGUGAUUAUUACCAACGAGCGCUGAAAAUUAAAUUAGAAUAUUUAGGCCCAAAUCAUCAUGUCGUUGCUGGCAUAUACAGCAACUUGGGUAAUUUGUGUAAAGAUAAAGGUGAUUUGGAGCAAGCUAGUUAUUAUUAUCAACAAACGCGGAAAAUUCGGUUAGAACAAUUGGGGCCAAACCAUGUUGAACUUGCUAGUUCAUACAACAACCUGGGUACUGUGUGUUAUGCUAAAGGUGAUUUUGAGCAAGCUGAUAAUUAUUAUCAACGAGCACUGGAAAUUCAAAUAGAUCAAUUGGGACCAAACCAUGCUGACGUUGCUGCUUCAUACAACAACUUGGGGCUUGUGUGUAAGGGUAAAGGUGAUUUGGAGCAAGCUCGUGAUUAUUAUCAACGAGCGCUGAAAAUUCAGUUAGAACAGUUGGGGCCAAACCAUGCUGACGUUGCCAAUUCAUACAACAACUUGGGGCGCCUUGUGUGUGAGAAUGAAGGUGAUUUGGAGCAAGCUAACGAUUAUUUUCAACAAGCGUUUAAAAUUCAAUUAGAAAAAUUAGGGCCAAAUCAUAUAACAAUUGCCGACUUAUACAACAACCUGGGUAUUGUGUAUCGUAAGAAAGGAGAUUUGCAGCAAGCUAAUAAUUAUUAUAAAUUAGCCCUGAAAAUUCGAUUAGAACAAUUGGGGCCAAAUCAUAGAGAUGUUGCUGAUUUAUACGAAAACUUGGGUAAUAUUUAUAGGGAUAAAGGUGAUUUGGAGCAAGCUACUGAUUAUUAUCAACUAGCGCUGAAAAUUCGGUUGGAACAAUUGGAGCCAAACCAUGUUGACGUUGCUUCAUUAUCAUUGAAACUGGGUCUUUUGUGUUUCUCAACACGGGAUCUGGAUCACGCCAGAGAUUGUCUUCAACGGGCACUAAAUAUUCAAUUAGAGAAACUAGGACCAAAUUGCGAGCAUGUUCUUGUUUCCUACCUCUAUCUUGGUGCAGUUUGCUUUGAAAAAGAUGAUCUGGAACAUGCUAGCGAUUAUUUUAAACGAUAUAAUGAAAUCAUGUUGAAAGUUUUAGAACCCUACCAUAAUGGUUGAACUUCUCCUCAUUGCGAUCAGAGUAUUGUGUGCAGCCAUAAAUUACGCUUCCAUGAAUCAUCGCUAUUCCCAGGAAAUAAUACAUACGAGAUUCCGUUUAAAAAGAUCCAAACAUCGUUUUGGAUGCCUCAUAAACAUAGAUUUAUAAACAGGAAGGGUCAUGAAAUUAUUCAAAAAUACACAAGUUCUUCCUAGCUUUUUUGCUCAUGAUAGCAACAGUUGAUUUACUAAACAAUAUCCUCAAGCAAAAUAAAGAGAAAUAUUUCAAUUGCAUGGGGUAAAGCCAGGCGCACAUGAUCUGAUUUUUAGUUGGCCGACUAAAUCUAUGCGUGUGCGAUGUCAUUUUUAGGUGGCUUUAGUCGGCUGACAGCAAUCUGAUAUAUCAAAACAGUUUGAUGUUGCCAACUAAAAUCGAUCCUACGACAAAAAUCGCGUCGUGUGCGCCUGGCUUAAUCAUAACUUAAUCAAACUUCAAUAUAGCUAAUGCAAAUUAUCAAACUCUCCAACGAGUGCUGAAUAAGAAGGCUUAGCCAUUCUAGUGCAUUUUACGACGGGACGGUGAGAGUACAAGUUCAUAACCAUAAUAUACUAAGCACAGAUAGAUUAUAAAUAAAUAUUAUAAAGUAUUGGUGAUUGUCAGGCGACACGGCAAAGCUGCAUGCUUGAAAUCGCACGAGGUUGAAGUUGCCACAUGGAACACUCGUUAAUCAUUAAACAUUUUUAGUAUAUUGCUGUAUUAAACCUUUCUCGUAUCAGAAUAGCUGACAAGUGUCUUUUCCACACAAUUG